GGGAAGAGCUUUAAAGAUGGAUGCUAAGGAAAUGAGAGAGUUGUUCACUAAUGGGGUUCAAUCAAUGAGAAUGAACUACUAUCCUCCAUGCCCUGAACCCGAAAAUGGCCAUCGGUUUCACACCUCAUUCAAAGGUAGAUGCCUUGACGAUUCUCUUCCAGCUUAACCAAACAGAGGGCUUGCAAAUUCUAAAGGACGGAAGAUGGGUUCCAAUUAAGCCGCUACCAAAUGCUUUUGUAGUCAACAUUGGAGACAUAAUGGAGAUUGUGAGCAAUGGGAUAUAUCGUAGUAUCGAGCAUUGGGCAAUAGUAAACUCAACUAGGGAGGGGCUAUCUGUUGCAACAUUCUAUAGCUCACAGCUAGACACAGAAUUAGGUCCUUCACCUAGCCUUAUUGACGCUGAUAAUUAACCCAGCAAUCUUCGGCAGGUCCUUGUGGACUGUGGAGAAGUACUUCAAGGAAUUUUUUGCUAGGAAACGAAAUGGCAAGUCUUAUAUUGAUUUCAUGAGAAUAGAAGGUGGGCAACAAAUGUAAACUUGAAUCCAGAGUUCAAAAAGCUUGCAUCGAUGGGGUUAUCAAGUAUUUCGAUGCAAGCAUUUGUGUCGAACUCCCAAGUUUGCUCCUUGUUAAGAUAGAUUCACCUUUUAGAAAAAGGAAGGGAUUAGUUGUUUUUUUAAAUAAGUGAUUAAGAUAAAU